CUUCCGGUUGCCACCUCUAUGGUUUGGCCCGGUGGCCGCCUCCUUCCGGCUCGAAGGGCUUCUGAGGAAAAGCCCGCAGGAGCGGCUGCGGCGGGUCGGCGGCCGGUUCCGCCGAUGGACCCCGGCAGGGAGGACCCCGCCAGCCCCCGCGGGUGGCGCCAGAGGAGCCGGGCGACGAGGAGGCGGUGACCAGAGGGCCGGGGAAGCGAGCUCCGCCAUGGGGUCCCUCUUCCGCAGCGAGACGAUGUGCCUGGCCCAGCUCUUCCUCCAGGCCGGCUCGGCCUACGAGUGCCUCAGCGCCCUGGGAGAGCGCGGCCUGGCCCACUUCCGAGACCUCAAUCCAAGCACCAGUGUGUUCCAGAGGAAAUAUGUGGGUGAAGUGAAGAAGUGUGAAGAAAUGGAAAGGAUACUCGGAUACCUGGUCCAAGAAAUUAAGAAGGCAGACAUUCCUCUUCCUGAAGGAGAAGCUACACCUCCCGCCCCUCUGCUUAAGCAGAUGUUGGAGAUGCAGGAGCAGCUGCAGAAGCUGGAGGCGGAGUUGAGAGAAGUGACGAAAAACAAAGAGAAGCUGAGGAAGAACCUGCUGGAGCUGACAGAAUAUACCCACAUGCUCCAUGUGACGCAGUCCUUUGUCAGAAGAACGGAGUUUGAGUCCUGUUUACAGACCAAUUAUGAAGAAUUCCCGUCUUUAGAAAAUGAUCCUUUGUUGGACUACAACUGCAUGCACAGGCUUGGCGCGAAACUGGGAUUUGUAUCUGGCUUAAUUCACCGAACAAAAAUUGAAGCCUUUGAAAAGAUGCUGUGGAGAGUCUGCAAAGGAUACACGAUUCUUUCUUACUCUGAACUGGAAGAGUGUCUUGAUGAUCCAGAUACGGGAGAACCUACCAGGUGGAUUUGUUUCUUAAUAUCUUACUGGGGUGAACAGAUCGGCCAGAAAGUUAAGAAGAUAUGCGACUGCUACCACUGUCACAUCUACCCUUAUCCUAACACACCCGAGGACCACCAGACAGUUAUGGAAGGACUCCAAGUUCGUAUUCAGGAUCUGCACAUUGUGCUGCAUAAAACGGAAGAUUACUUACGGCAAGUUUUGUGUAAAGCGUCUGAAUCCAUCUAUACCUGGGACGUCCAAGUGAAGAAGAUGAAAGCCAUUUAUCAUGUGCUUAACCUGUGCAGCUUUGAUGUUACCAACAAAUGCCUCAUCGCUGAGGUCUGGUGCCCAGUCGCAGAUCUGCCUAACAUGCGUCGAGCCCUUGAGGAAGGAUCUAGAGAAAGUGGAGCAUCUGUUCCGUCAUUCAUCAACACGAUACCAACGACGGAGACUCCUCCAACUUUGAUACGCACCAAUAAGUUUACUGUGGGGUUCCAAAACAUUGUUGAUGCGUAUGGGAUUGGGAACUACCGGGAAGUCAAUCCAGCUCUUUUCACCAUCAUCACCUUCCCGUUUAUAUUUGCCGUCAUGUUUGGAGACUGCGGCCACGGCUUCCUGAUGUCCCUCUUUGCUCUGUUACUGGUCGUGUUUGAGAAACACCCACGACUGAUGCGAUCGCAGGACGAGAUCAUGAAAAUGUUCUUCGAAGGGCGAUAUAUCAUCUUGCUGAUGGGCUUGUUUUCAGUGUACACUGGCUUGAUAUACAAUGACUGCUUUUCAAAGUCGCUGAAUAUCUUCGGCUCCCACUGGAACGUUUCGCAGAUGUUUGAACAGAAGGCGUGGAAACCUGAGGAUUUGAAGAAUCAUCAUUUGAUGCUGAAUUCAGCUGUGGCUGGAGUGUUCAAAGGAGCGUAUCCUUUUGGGAUAGACCCGAUCUGGAGCCUGGCAAGCAAUCGGCUCAGUUUCUUAAAUUCCUUCAAGAUGAAAAUGUCUAUAAUUCUUGGAGUGAUCCACAUGACUUUUGGAGUUGUCUUGGGGGGAUUUAACCACUUGUAUUUCAAGCAGAAGUACAAUAUGUAUUUGGUUUUCAUCCCUCAACUUCUGUUCCUGCUGUCCAUCUUUGGGUACCUUGUGUUUUUGAUCAUCUUUAAAUGGCUGGCUUGUACCGCCAGCGACCCGGAGCCUGCUCCAAGCAUUCUCAUUCACUUCAUCAACAUGUUCUUGUUUCCUGCUGCGGAAGAAAAGCAUCUUUUUUUCCAAGGACAGCUGAUUGUACAGAGACUCCUGCUUGCCAUUGCUGUGCUUUCAGUACCUGUGCUGCUUUUUGGAAAACCACUUUACUUAUACUGGUUGAACCACGGACGCAGAGGAUUUGGACCGUACAGAAAUGGUUACCAGUUGGUUCGAAAAGAAAGCGAAGAAGAGCUCGCUCUUUUGAGGACUCACGAUAUCGAAGAGGGAGCCAGCUCUCUGGACAGCAGGCACAAAGAGGAGGAGAAGAAAGAGUUCAUCUUUAUAGAUGUGUUCAUGGAUCAAACUAUCCAUACCAUCGAGUACUGUCUCGGGUGCAUCUCCAACACUGCUUCGUACCUGAGGCUCUGGGCUCUCAGUCUGGCCCAUGCCGUAAAGCUCUCUGAAGUGCUGUGGGCCAUGAUAAUGCGGGUGGGCCUCCGCGUGGACGCCUCUUACGGGAUCCUUCUCCUGAUUCCGGUUUCAGCUUUAUUUAUGGUUUUAACAAUAUUUAUCCUUCUGGUCAUGGAGGGUCUCUCAGCUUUUCUACACGCCAUUCGACUUCACUGGGUAGAGUUUCAGAACAAGUUCUACAAAGGUGAAGGAUACAAGUUCACACCUUUCUCUUUCCAAGGCAUUUCUUUACAUUUUAAUAAAGAGAUUACAUAAUUUCCGUGCUGUAGGCACUCAGUCUGUUGUCUGUAAAAACUAUCAUGUACCUAGAUAUCAUUCUUGUACAGCCCACUGUAGAAAAUCGCAUUUUCCCCAUUGAUUGCCUUAUAAUGCAGCCAAAUACCUUUGUAAUAUGAAUAUACCUCUUUCACUUGAAUUUUGCAAGUAUGGGACCUCUUGUGAGCGGGCACAAAAUAUUAACUUAUUCUCCCCCCCUCCCCCUCCCCCUCCCCACAAGCACGCACAAAUUAACUUAAAAACAUCUCUCUGUUAAGCAUCCAAUUGCUGCUCCUAAAAAUACUAUAGGUACUUUAAAGAGUGGCUUAGUGUCUUGAAUAAACCUUUUCUCUCAGUACCACUAACAUUACAGCACCUUUGUGAAAGAUCAUAGCUAAGCAAAUCUGGAAGCAGUUUAGAAAGUAGUGUAUGUUUUCAGUGUUUUCUAGGGAAUUCCUAAGACUUUUCGUUAUAGCAUCUUAAAAGUUGGUAUAUUUUUCUGUUCAGACUUCCCUCUGAUAUGAACAAGAAUUCAGUUUUGACACUGCACAUUUUUGGCACUGAAAGAUGGGAAAGUUGCCCUGUGUUUUCUGUAAAGAGCUUGAAAUUUUUGGCCCUGGUUCUCUUUACGAGAUGCCUGCUUGCUAGAAUAUAGGAAAAUAUCGAUUCUGGGACCAAUGCCCGAGAUUUUCUUGCAGAGUGUUAAAGAUUUUAGUCAAAAGAUUCUAGUUGUAAUUCUAGACACUUGCUUAGCUGUCAGUCAUUUUCUUGAAAUGAAGCAGAUGCUUCAGUAUUCCCCUCCCCCCCAGUAUUACAGCUUAGAUUUCUAGCAUCUUGUUUGCUGAAUUCAAAUGGCAAGACUACUUGAAUUAGAAUAGGUUUUCUUAAGACACUCCUUUUGUACACACAUCAUUCCACCAACGGAAGUUGAUAUUUGCAAAAUCGAGUUCUGAUUUUUAAUUUGCAUGUUGACACGGCAGCCGAUUUGGUUGCAUAUGAAACUUGUCUAUGCUCAGUGAAGAUAAGGACCCUUUAAGGGUUUUUUUUUAAGUAUCAACUAAAACAGAGGUAUUUUGCCAUAAACAAUCUUAUGUAAGUGCCAACAGAAUAAUUUUGAUCCUGUUUCUUUUGUACUCAUCUUAAAUAAAAGCUAACUCCUUACCUGAGAACAAAUAA